AUGGUUCUAGAGGAACAAUGUUCUGAGACAACUGAAACUAUUGAAAAUAAUAAUAGGUCAGAUGCUAAAAGAGAUAUUCUCCCAGGAAUAUCAGAAGCCCUGGAAUAUGUGUAUGCAUUCCAAGGAAUAUUACUUGUGAUUAUAAUCGAUGCAUGGGGCAAACCGGGAGAUGGUUUGUUCGAAGGUAACUUCGGAUACGUUGGAGAUUACGAUGAGUGUGUCAACCUAGUCAUUCCGGAACUGAAGGAUCAAGAGGGAAACCCUCAAAAGGGUCUUUACUGCCUAGUUCACUUUACACCUGUCCUACCCCCAAAGCCACAACUGUAUACACUGUUUCACAAGAUACCUGAACUUGCGAAUAUUACCAGCCAGAAUACAAGCUUCGCUGAAACAGCAAAGAACGCUCACUGGUUUUAUCUUCUAGGAUUAAGAAUAGGCGUUUGUAUGCCGAAUUCUUGCACAGCGGAUGACGUAUAUAGUAUUCUUGAGCAAA